AUGAACUUCGCCAGUGUAGCUGCUGCAGGAGUGGUAUCUACACUUUCCAGUCCUCUGGCAAAUGUCAAUGUUGCCUCCGCUCUAAGCGGCGAGAGUCACAAAGUUGACCCGAGCCUACAGGCAAAGGCUCCAGGAUAUAAACCAGGCAGAACAGGUUCUCCUCAGUUUCGUCAAGAUAUGGAACAAAGCAAGAAUCCAGGUUUUAAAAAUUUUCACCUUCCAGUUCAAGCAAUGCAAGGAGGCAUGGGCGAACUGGAUAUGACACGAGCACCAGGUUUCCGGGGAAACAUGCCACCUUCAGGGAUGUCCCCUCGGUCUAACACCUCCACGCCUAGUGGACUCUCUCCUCGCAGCCAGACAGGCACACCCCUUGACUCCAGUCAACAUUCUAUCUCUUCUCUCUCUAGUCAAAAGGAAGAAUACAGUAUGCCAAAUCAGCCAAUGACACUCCCUGAGAUUAAGAGCACUUUGAACCCUAAUGCUCCUGAUUUCCAAAUCUCCUCCACCAACAUGAACCAGAUGGUAAAUGGCCUGCCGGGUGGCAUCGGCCAGGAGCUCCAUCCACUGCCACCAAGUGCACUCCAGGCUCUCCACCAACAGCUCCUCAAUGCCCAGCAGCUGCUUAACUUCUCCAACAUGCCUCAAGGCAACUUCCCCAUACCGAACGAGCUCCAGAUGCUCCAGCAGCUUAGCUCAGUUGGUAACCAGAUACCCAACCCUAUGGGAAAUCAGAUGAACAGCCAGAUGCCCAACCCCAUGUCCAAUCAAAUAAAUAACCAAAUGCCAAACCAGAUUCCAAAUCAGAUAGGCAGAGAUCAUCUUGGUGGUCAGAUGGGCAACAACCAGCUGGGUCAGAUGGGAAACCAGAUGCCUCAAGGAGGGGGUCAGAAUCAACCAGUUGGUCCUCCGGGUCCAAAUGGACAGAAUCCAGGCUUCCUGCCCCAGAUGAUAUCUCGCACCCUCUCCCCAAUGCCACCACAUGCUCGCCCAAACAGUGCUCCAUCUAUGGCUGGCAUGUCUCAAGUAGAGAGUGGUUCCCCUGGUCCCAUUGGUCCCCCUCGAGGUACUUCACCAAUGCCAAUAGGCACCCCACCGCUACCUGACCCUGUGAAGAACAGUAUGGAUGACCGGAGGGUGCCACGACCUAUUGGGGGAGAACGGAGUCAUCGCAAAGCCCCUGGUGCAGGUCCUGGGAACAUUGGACCUGUCGGGGACUUCAGCAAGCUCUGGGGCCUCAACUCUGCAAUAUCUGAGCUGAACUCUGACUGGGCACCAAGCACGUCACCCAUGAUGACCAGUGCAUCCAUGCAAGCCUCUGUGAGGACAUCAUCUGUGAUAACGCGGGGAAACAUGGCUUACACUCGGGACGGAGAUGGUUCCACCGGAGAGCCAACUCAAGAUCCCAGCUCGUUUCCUGAAGGCCUCUCUAUAGAGGCAGCAGUGGAACAAAAUUUUGUGAACCCCCAGAUGAUGAUGGCAAUGUUUCCUAAUGGUGUACCUACUAACUUCCCAAUCCCCCCAAUGUACAACCCUCGCAUGAGUGGAGAUGGCGUGCCCACCAUGUGGCCUGGCGGAAUGAAGACCCCGCUCUCCGAGCCUGUAGAGAAUGGGGUGGGUGAACACCACCAUACAUAGAGGCAAUCAGUCACCCAUCUUAAUAACUGGAGUCAGUGGAGUCAGCAGGCCGACAUGUGACUACAACAUUGUCCCCCUGGCUGUUUGGAGGACUACCCUUCUGCAGUUCAGAUUAAACAAGAUAAUAUCCAUCAACGUUGAUUAUUCGGCAAGGGGAACCUGCUUUAUCUGGCUGUAUUGUGGCCUCUCGCUGGUUGGCUGUCUCAGCCUUGUGCUCGUCCUCACGAUAGCAAUGAAUGGAUGAUUGAUUGUGCUUGUGUCUUUUCCUGCAAUGCCCAAUUUAGCUUUCCUUCUUGACAAUAGAGAAAAAAUGUAAAGAAAUGUAUGAAUAAAUUGUCAAAUGAA